CGAUCGCCGGCCCGGGAUUUUCUCUUACAUAACGUUGCAGGCUGCAGGUGUAGCAUUUGAAGCUAGUUUGUGAAUGGACGUGGAGGUCUUCCGUGACCCGAGCGCGAAUUAACCGUGUUAAGAGUGUAAAAAAAAAGAUGAGAAAAAUGUGACGAGUGAUUAGUGUUUUUUCUGGUUCGUGAUGUGGAAUUGCGAGUGAUUACGGUCAUUAGCGAAGAUGUGAAACUAUGGGAAACAGUGGCAGCAAUUACAGGACGAGUCGGGCUGAAAACGGCCGGGAAAUCGGGAGCAGGCUGCUGCAGUUUCUUCAGAGGACGUGGGAAGUGAUAGUGGUUGAUAAGUGGAGGACGCGAGUGACCAAGGGGAGCGAUGGGGGUAGUGAUUAUGCGUCGCAGUACUCGCAGUAUUCGUUUUGCAGCUGUUCGCAGUGCCAGAGGGACGAUGGGUUCAGCAGUGGUUGCGCUAGCGAACUGUUCGGUUCCGGAAGCAGCAUGGCUCCGAAUUCGGAAGAGUCGAGGUUCGGACAGUUCCCUUUUUCCGAAGAUGGAGCCAAUAAGGAAAAACAGCGCCCCCCGAUUUACAACCCCGAGGAUUACGUGAUAUCUUUGAAGAAAUGGGGCCGAAAACCCGCCAGUGGGAGCUCGGUUUCCCUCUACCCAACUCCCAUGAGCUCAGACUCCGAGUGUAGCAGAUCCCAGAGUACCACUUUCCGGGACUACAGGAACCCGAUGUUGAUUUCUUCGGGCUCGGAAAUGACCCUGAGACAGUUCGGAACCGUGAGCGAGCUCUUGGGGAAACUAAAAUCCGACCUCAGGCUCGCCUACCCUAGCUUUGUCCAAGAAUUCGUAGCGGAACCGCUGGAUGGGAUCACUUUACUCCUCGACUUGCUGCGGGCGAUCCAACUGAGCCAAUCGCAAGGUGGUCAUAACACCACGGGCAAAAUCCCGCCAAGUCUUCAAAGAAGAGCUCUCUUGGAUGAACUGUCGUGUUUGCAGUGUCUGCUUCUAUGUUGCCAGCGCUACACCGAGUCCAUCAGGAAGCUGACGGCGUCUUCGGCUGGGUUGUUCACUCUGGCUAUUUGUAUAAUGAGUAAUGUGACGAAGUCGAGGAUUCUGGCGCUUCAGCUACUAACGAAGGCUUGCCAGCCUUCACACAGCGCGGUUUCAGAAGCUUUGUCCACACUUAGAUUGAGGUUCGGGGAGCCCGUGAGGUUUAGAUUCCUCGUGGGGAUGUUAAUGUCGGCUGGAGGCCAAGGCGAGCUCUUGGUCGCAGGAAUGAAGUUCUUGAACACGUUUCUAGACAGUUCGGGGACCAUGCAGAAGAGGUUGUACAUUCAAGCGGAGCUGGAGCAAGCCGGCUUUGACGUAGCGACCGUGAAAAAAAACAUCAGUAUUAAUUCUUCAUCCACGGAGCACCUCUUCGAGGAAUUAGACCACUGGGAGAAGAAGCAUUUGGACGUUGAAAGUUUAAUGAUCCGCUUGGAGAGUUCCGAACGCGAGAAUGACACCCUCAGAGACAAAGUGUUGCUCCUAGAACGAAGAGUCCAAAUCCUCCUAGAGGAAAAAGGUAUCUUAAUUUCGUUGGAACAGUGUUUGAAGGAGCGCUGCAGCGAACUCCAAGAAGAAGUGCAUUCGUUGAAGUCGGUCAAAAGUUCGUCUUGCGGUAGUUCUAAAAAGAAAGAUGAAUCUCCGCACGAAGACGAAGGAAUAUCGUCGUCCGAACGUAGCCUCACCCCUGAAGAACCUCUCCAGCGCGACGCCUCCGUCUACGAGCUCUACACCAUCCAAAACGAGAAGAAACCACCGAAGAUUGAUGAAGAAGACGAAACGACGAUCGACGAAGUGAUCGAAGAGUUGCGCAACAUCAUCAACGACGCAGAGAGUGAGGCUUACAAAGCCGACGAGAAGAAGAAGGCGUUGGAACGGAAGAAAAUCGAAGAUGCGCAAGUUGCAAGCAAAAUCCAGAUGACCGUAGCUAUAGAGGACUACGGUUUGAACAACGAAGCGCAAAUCGUGCCGUCGAAUCUUCAUCCACAACCUCCAAGAAAAACCAGAAGCUUAGUCCACCUGUUUAUCCCCGCUGAAGACUAUGACUACGGCAACAAGGAGUUAUUUUUCGAGAACGAAACCCCGUUCAGCAGCGAAGAAGGUUCUGAUUCUUUAUUAAGUACCUCGAAGUACCAGUUACCGAGAGUCGACAAGAACGACAAGAGUCACAAGGUGAAGAGAUCCGAGUCUUUCAAACAAGUGGCGAAGGCUGCCAAUACGUUAUCCAAGCAGAAUAGUUUGGAUGGUGGGUACUACAGUAACGGGGUCGUAGUAACCCACACCCACGAAGACUCCAAGAAGGUGAAAGCGAAGAGUUUGGACCGAAUCGACGACGGUUUGGACACUUUGGUGGACAUUGUCGUGACGGAUCACAAAAUCGACAAGUCUCCACAAACUCGAACCAGAAGCGACGUGGUCAACAAUCAAAGGAAGUUGAAUGGGUACGACGACAAAAUGAAGAUGUUUCUGCCGAAACGUGACCGCAACGACAUUCUUUAUUAUUUUCCGAGGGUGCAGGAGCGGAAGAGUAACAGUUUUUUGGUGAAUAGGGGGCACGCGAAUGCUGGGUUGUAUUCGGGACAGGUGGUUAGGGAGAACUCGAACGUUGCAAAAAAGAAGGAGUUUGUUUCUGGGAAUAAUCGGCACGUGGGGAAAGUUACUGAUUUGCCAUCGGGACUGUACUAGUUCUUUUCGAUUUAGUUUUGGUUUCGUUACAACGACUCUGUACAUAGUUUUUAUUUAUGUUUCUGUAUUUAAUUUUUGUGCAAUAUUAGAUUACUUUCUGGUAGCUGUGUUCGUAGCUACGAGUAGAGAGUGAGGUUAUGGUUUUUUCGGGUGCACACUUUUCCGUUCUCGGAGAGAAUGUUGCUCAAAGUGUUUUCAAAAAUUUGAGAAAAUGUACAAACGAUGGUUUAAGGUUAGAUGUAUGAUCUCUUGUAUAAAGUAUGUUUUAAUAAAAAAUAAUACACUGGUG